AUGAUUCGUUUACCACCCAGCAGCCUGUCCAUUUCAGGAAGCGAUAUUGAUUUCCACGUACGACAAACAGAGAUCUACCAAGGCUUGUUGAGGCAAGGCUUCAAGAAGGAAGACAUUAUUCGCUAUCUGAACGACUACCGCAAGGCUGCGGCAGAUUCGGUCUAUCCCGGUCUACCAGGCUUCGACCUGUCCAUCUCGAGUACCGCCGAACUGUCCUACCUUCGUCCCCGCCCGUCGCCGCAAGAAGGUGACCGAGGCAAAUUCAAGAUUCAAAGCCCUGCUCUGCGCGGUUCUUCCGAGUCCAUAGAUGAGCCGGUCUCCUGCUUUCCAGACCUUCUUGGAGACAUUGGCGAGCCACAAGACAAUACUCCAGAGACUCUCGCUCACCAGGGUGAAGAUUCCCAGGACGGUAGGCCCAUGUCUCCCGAGUCAACAGCUUCAACCUUUUACAUCAAUCGGCAUGCUCCUCGUAAAAGCUCGCUGCUGCGAUUUGCCGAGGCGGUGUCACCAGAGCGUCCUUCUGCCGACCCGGAAGGAGAAAAGACUGUUCCUGCGCCGACGGUGACUCCCAUACGUAGGAAGUACAAGCGGCGAAGUCAUACUUACCCAUAUCAAUCCUCCGAGCGAGACUCUGUGACGGAUCCAUUGACCCAGGAUCAUAUCUUAGGCGGUAUCAAUCGAAUCUCCUUGGACGAUACGCCAGACAGCGUGCCCUUUGGACUGACACCGCCCCUUUGGACCACGGCUCGGACACAAUCAGCACAAGACAUCAUGUUCGCGAGUCCGGUAAUGGAUUCACCGCCAGGGGAUGGUUCCGCAGAUACAUACAAUACAAACCCUGCUGAUCGUACUAUGGUGCGCCGUCGAAGCAGCGACCUCCUCGGACACAUGUAUUCCGUAACUGAUAUGUCGAGCUCCCCUCCUCUUCCAAUGACACCGGCAAGGGACGACUCUGAGCAGCAACAGGCUUCUCCCAGCUCAAAUCGGUUGCCAGGCACACCAACGCCGAUUCGCCAUGCUGUUGCUCUGCCGCGUACUGAGCCACGACCUUCAAGACAUCAAUAUCCGGAUGGCAAUGUCUACACGGUGUAUAAUGAUUCAUUUCCCGCAAACUCUCAACCACAAACCCCCGCUGAUAUUUCAAGGUAUCCAUUGAUCACUGAGCAAAACGCUGCUUAUGCCGCACCGCCGGGGAUGCUCCGUAUCGGAUCUGCCUCUGUUUCAUACCAUGGCCGACAAGGCUGGGAUCAAGAAGCUGCGCAGCAGAGUCCCACUGCACGAGCCAUCAGUCUGCGUAAUCGGCGGAACAGGGAGUUGACGAGAAGUGUGCGGGCUGAAGGCGUUCGGUUGCAGCGGUUGAGGAUGAGACACGAAAGUCGGUUUACGCAACCCGCUCUUCAGGGUGACGAUGCCGCCAAUGGAAGAACCCGAGCAGAGACAUUCCCUCUGACUUCAGAUAAUAUGUGGAGGGACGAGCUGGAAGCCGAUCGGGUGGGAGAAGAGAACUUUGAAGCAGGUACUGAGGCCAGAGUGAUGAGGGUCGUGAGCGGAAAUGCUAGGUUUCACUUUGAAGACUAG